CACGUGGUUAGGUCACGUGGUGAAGCGCGCCUGUCAAACAAGAAAGGCUUCGACAUCUUGAAUACCUCGUGGUUGUCAAUUUUACUUCAAAACAUUGUUUUAGAGCAUUAAAACGAGCAAAUUAUUAAGUAUUUGUGUGAAGGAUAUUCUCAAACGAUGAUCAGAACAAAGAGAGUGAGAGAUAUUGAGAAACCCUGGACCAUGUAUGACUCUGGAGAACAGAAGUCUGAUGAUGCUGACAUGCCAGGAUCAAAGAGGAGGAAUCUGUCUAAGGAAAGUGUCCGCAUCUUAAAGCAGUGGUUGUAUGACCACCGGUACAACGCCUAUCCCACAGACCAGGAGAAGGUGUAUCUGUCCAAUGCAGCUAACUUGACGGUCUUGCAGGUGUGCAACUGGUUCAUCAACGCCAGGAGACGCAUACUGCCAGAGAUGAUCAAAGAAGAUGGUCAUGACCCUCAGCAGUACAUGAUCACUCGAAAACACAAACAAUCCCUGCUUGACAGGUUCGAGGUGUCUAUGUUAGACAAAUCAAACAACAAUGUGAGACGGCAGAAAAUGACGCUUGGAGAAGUGUAUGACAAUCAAAUGGACACCGCCAACAACAAUGCAGAUAUAGACAGCAGCUAUCAUUCUGCUCUGAAAAUAAGACGUUUUGAUCACAAUGACAUUGCAUCCCAGGAAACUGUAACUACAUCAGAAAUAGAUGGGUAUAUGUCAGAUUAUGAGGGUACUUCAAGUGACAAUUUUUCUGAGAGUGAAGGCUCAGAUUCUCUUCAUGGGGUGCCGUUCCAUAAACCAACCCUGCUAAACCCUGCCAGAUUUUUGGGCUUCGAUCACGAGGAUGCCUCACAGUCUGAUGGCCAGAGUGUCUGCUCAAAUGGCAACAGCCCUCCACCUUCACCCCCGCAGCCAAAUGUCAUUGUCCGUCCAGUUGAAGAAGACAGAUUCAGGCCAUUUUUCAUGCUCGUUGAUGUUGCCAUGAAUGAGUUAGAGAAGCAGAAAGAAAGUGAAUCAAACUCGGAUAAUUGACUGUCCAUUUACAACGCCAUUUUAAUUAAAAACGUAAACUAUGCAGAGCCAUUCCGUGUGAUACACAGUUGUAUUCAGGUGUUUGUAGCAAGAUUUCUUGCAAAAUGUGCAGAAUUUUAACUUUAAGAAUUGUUUUUAUGUAUGGAAUCUCUCGGUUAAUGUAAUCAAUGUACACCAACAUUGUGUUCAAUUCAGAAACCUUUUUAGCAAUAUCAAAAUCAGCAUCACGUGUUUUUCCUUGUAAAAAAUAAAUGUUCAUUUCAUAAAAGAUUUGAACAUUGGAUUUCUAUCACAAUUAGUUGAAAAUUGAUUCCAUGUAUCAUUUGUGUUAAUAUCUUUAUUUUUCCUCAUCAUUUCUUGCUUUCUAAUGAGCGUACCAUUUAAAACUUUUAAUGAAUAUUGUUUUAAAAAUGGUGAUAAUUGUGUUACUAUCUAUAAUUGAAAGAUUCAAACAAUGUGUGUUAAGUGUGAGAAACAAAAUGUUCAGGAAUGACGGGUGACUCCGCUUAAAAUCUGCAUCAAUUUUGAUUUACCAUUUAUGUCUUGAUUUUUAUGCUGUGAUUUUAUCUAAAGUUUCAAAAACUUCCAGUGAAUUAUAGCCUUAAAACUUUCGUCAGUUCCUUAGACUGCAACAAAAGGACAAACAACCUGGAUCAACUCUUAUGUUUUUUGUUGAUUAAAAUAACUUGUUAAUUAUGUUAGUUAAAAAUUGGAGUAAAUGAAAUAGUAUUUGUUCAAAUUUAUAUUCAAUUUAAAUUUAAUUAGGUAUGUGGUUUACUUCUUUUCUGCCAUAUUUCAUUGUUUUAUUUCUCUACUAUUUUGUAUGCUAAGUCUGGUUGACAAUUGUUUUCAUGUUAAACCUAUCAUGUACUUAAACAAGUUGACUGAAUAUUAAAGUUUUUCAGGUUUGAUGUUGCUUUUUUACAGGCUUUGAUACAUUGGUAGUGUAGUCUUUUGAAAUUGUGCCUUAAACUUUAUUGAUAUCUGAUGCAAUAUAUCAUGAACAUUUGCAUCCGAGUAUUGUUAUACAGACAGUAAAUGUGUUAAUAUCAA